CUCAGUAUCAGGCAACUCACGGAUUAGUCCUGUGUCCAUGCCUUCAGCGCAUCGUUCCUCCUCCUGCACUUCUCCACUUGUCCAUGUUCAUCACAUCUCACCAAUUUGGGAUUUUUUUUUUUUUGCGCCCGACGCGCGUAGCCGGUGCGCGUCUCAGAGUAUCCGCGCUCUCCGGAGCUCUUUUCUGCGCAUUAUAUCACGUUUACAAACUUCCUAUUAGCUUCUUUUUCAUCCUCGAAAUGGUUCUCUCACAGAACGCUUCCAACGUGACCGGGAAUUGGACCAAUCAGUUCGCGCAGCCGCCGUGGCGCGUGGCUCUGUGGUCGGUGGCGUACAGCUCCAUCCUGGCGGUGGCCGUGUUCGGGAACCUGGUGGUCAUGUGGAUCAUUGUGGCUCACCGCAGGAUGCGCACCGUCACUAACUACUUCCUGCUGAACCUCGCCUUCUCCGACGCCUCCAUGGCCGCGUUUAACACGCUCAUUAACUUCAUUUACGCAGCGCACGGGGACUGGUACUUCGGAGAGGCGUACUGCAAGUUUCACAACUUUUUCCCGGUCACCUCGGUGUUCGCCAGCAUCUACUCCAUGACCGCCAUCUCUGUGGACAGGUAUAUGGCUAUAAUCCACCCGCUCAAGCCUCAUCUCUCAGCCACGGCCACUAAAGUGGUGAUCGUGUGUAUCUGGGUGUUGGCUGUGGUCCUGGCGUUCCCGCUCUGCUUCUUCUCCACCGUCAGGAAAUUACCCAAGAGGACUCUGUGCUACGUAGCGUGGCCUCAACCCGGGGACGACCCCUUCAUGUACCACAUCAUUGUGAUGUUGCUGGUCUACAUGCUGCCACUGGUGGUGAUGGGAAUCACAUACACCAUCAUCGGUGUGACCCUGUGGGGUGGAGCGAUCCCCGGAGACUCGUCAGACAAUUAUCACGGACAGCUCCGCGCCAAGAGGAAGGUGGUGAAGAUGAUGAUCAUCGUAGUCGUGACCUUUGCCAUCUGCUGGCUGCCGUAUCACGUCUACUUCCUGAUCACCGGCCUGAACAAGGCGCUGGCUAAGAAGAAGUCCAUCCAGCAGGUCUACCUUUCCGUCAUGUGGCUGGCCAUGAGCUCCACCAUGUACAACCCCAUCAUCUACUGCUGCCUGAACAGCAGGUUCCGAGCAGGUUUUAAGCGAGCUUUACGCUGGUGUCCAUUUGUUCGCUUGUCCAGUUAUGAUGAUCUGGAGCUGCGGGCUACACGCAUGCAGGCAACACGUCAGAGCAGCAUGUGCAUGUUGUCACGUGUGGAAACCACCAUGAUGGUCAUGAAUGAUUCCACAGAAGGCUCCACUAAACGCAAGAGCCUCAUCAACCAGCACCUCCACCACAGCCACGGCCACAACGGCUGCUCUCACUCCGCCAAGAGAAGCACGACCUACGCACCCAGCAACCCUCGCGAUGACUUCUGCUAACCACAUGCGCUUAUUCCUAAGAGUUCUGAUCGGAUUCAUCAGACUCGUUUCACUGCCAUUACGCUUUAACAUCAAGACUGUGAGAGGUUCAUGGGGUCUCAUAACCUUAGCAUGAAAUUAGCACGAAGCACCAACACUGGUGGCUUUUGUUAGCAUUUGUACGAAUGUCUAUGCGAUUAAACUAAGAUAACAUAAAGAACAAAAGUUUUCAUGAGGUAAAUUGUUCCAGUCGUACGCGUCGGGCUGAGAUCUCUUUGUUCCAUGUUCAUUUUCAUCACCGAAGGACAAAACCGUCAUGUUUCGUUAUAUCACUAAUUACACAACCGCAGUGUGAAGGCAUGCGCGGAAAAAUCUGAUUUAUUCAUCCGUCUGCUUCCUCUGUGGUUUUUGCUUAUUGUUAUUGUAACAAGAAGGAGAAAAGCAGCCUCGAUAAAACUCUCUGUGGGUUUGUUAUCACGGCUCAGUGUUGCUCCAGAAUCUUUCAGCCCAAACAAGUGUCUCUUUUGAUAACUCCUGCUUUUUCACGUGAAAAAAAAAGAAAUAGACGAGAUCGACGUUUCCCUAAAGAUCGCUAACUGCUAGAGAAACCUUCACAGUAAAGGUAGAGUAAGCAUCUCAUUCCUCUCUCUCUCUCUCUCUCUCUCUCUCUCUCUCUCUCUCUCUCUCUCUCUCUCUCUCUCUCU